AAACACUCAGAUUAAAACGAACAUCAGUCGUCUGUUUGGCAUUAAUUCAGUGAUUUUUUUAGCUACGUUUCGUUGUCCACGAUUGGCUAAGUUUACGUGCAAGUUGAAAAUUCUUUCAAGUCCGUGAAGUCAUUCAUUUCGAAAAAUGAUACGGUUCGAUAGCAACGAUGCAUCCCCGGACGAAGUCAUCGAUAUCUACUUUAACGACACUCGCGUCAAAAGAAUGCUAAAAUCGAUGUACAAAAUCAACAGUGCAAUUGCCCUCCCUUCGUUGGUUCUCCUCAUACCGAUAUUGGCCAGCUUCAUGGACCCUAGCAGGGACUAUAUUUUGUUGCUCUGCCUUGGUUUGUUGCCGAGUAUCUGCAUCUGUCAGUCGUCGUCAUUAAUUGCCCGAUCUGCGAAAAGGAACCGAAGCGUGAAAUUGCUCAAGGCGUCGGCUAUCCUUGCAGUAUGUUAUUGUAUUUUUGGUAUCUUGGGACUCAUCUCGGUUGGAUCACUCCUUGUGUUCUCCAGCAAAGCGUGCGAAAGACCGACAUGUGUUAGUGACGCAAUUUGCUCGGCUGUGCUCUGUUUGAUCACCAUUAUCGGAGUAGUCUACAACAUUAUUCAUGCCAAACUGCUCAUUCCCGCCAUUUGGCACAAUGAAGCCCUCGAAGAACGAGCAAAUUCUCUUAGCCUUGACGAAGUUCCUGAGGAAGGACCGAUCUCAACAAUCAGUGAAAUGGCGGAGGGAAGAGAAUCUCCUUUAACUAGUGAACUUGGAUUCUCCUACUUGCGGAUGGAGAACCCCGUGGAAGUUUUCCCAUGAUACCUGCUAUUCCUCUAUAAAAAUCAAACGUAAAAUUUCUUAAUCACGUCUUUUCCUCAU